AUGGCUAGUCAAGAAAUGCAUAGAUGUACUGCUUCCUGUGAUCACAAACAUGAUGAAUCUGUCACUUUCAUCUGGCUGCUUCCCAGAUGUCUGGAAAUAUGCGGUAGUAAGACCCUUAUUAAAGAAGCUUACUUACCAUGUGUUUCCAACUUACCAUAUGUUUCCAAGCUAACCGAAAAAGCAGUUGCUGACAAGUUGAAUGAACAUACCAAAUCAAAUAAAUUAUUACCAGAAAAAGCCUCUGCUUAUAGGAGGGAUCAUAGCACAGAGACAGCUUUGAUAAAGGUUCAGUCGGAUAUGUUUGCAGAUAUAAGAGUAGAUGAUGAGGUGAUAGCUUCUGUUGGCACAGUGAAGAACCUUGUAGUGGAAUAUCUACUGAAAUGCUACGCUGUUCUGGUUGUAUGUUCGUUUUGCAACAAGGACUUCAAGUCGUUAGGCCGCCAUAGCUGGCGUUGCAAGGAAAAAGUUGGAUCAACAGCUAGUGGAAGAGAUUCAAACAGGAAAAGCAUCAAUUCAACAAGCGAAGUGUUUCUACCCGUUUCUGAGACCCAUUCGACAACAAGUAACUGCUCACAUGUUCAAUGUUGUUGUGGAAAAGUUUGUAACGGUCUUCGAGGUUUGAAAAUGCACCAGCGCAGCUGCAGAGCGAUCAAAGGCCUUGAGGGUGAAACGUUUGAAACCGUUCAAAGCGAAAUUGAUAAUAGCUAUGAUGGUGGAUCGAACGCAGCUGAACAGUUGGAUCGCUUUGAUUAUUCGAAUGUGCCUGAAAUUAAACCCGGAAUUAAGCUACCAAAAAACGAUGAACAAUGGAAAACUGCCAACACCUACUUCGCUGCAACAUUGCCUUUAACAGAAAUCAACCCAUCUAACGUCAACGUUUCCAUAAAAACAAUGAACUCAGUCAUCUAUGAUUAUUUUCAGAUCAAUUAUGGAGUAUCAGACGACGUGAUUAAUACAAAUUUAAUUGAAAAAUACAAACACAAGACAAAAAGUUCACUCAAGUCUUGCCUGAAAUGUCUCAAAGAAUCACAAGCUCCCCUCUGUGAAAUUCGCUAUGUAUCUCGGCUUUUGCGUUCCAAGGUGGUACCAAACAGCGAUACAAACAACUGCAAUCAUGAUGCUGAAAUCCAGAAGAAAUUUUGGGGAUAUCUUAAGAAAACUCUUAAAAAGGACAAAUCGAGUUUACCUUCCUUCAACGUAUCUGUGUGUACCGACUUCUUCCGCACUUUUUUUUGUAAACUCAAUCCCACAAAAUCUUUCAAAGUUCCAGACUGGAUCCCAUCUCUAUCUCUCCCUUCAGUUCCAUACAAUCUAGAUCCUCCUUCUUACCAUCAAAUCACGAAAGUUGUUCGUCGAAUGAAGUCGUCUGGUUCGCCUUGUCCGCUUGACAAGCUAUCAAUAAUACCUUUUAAAAGAUGUCCAUAUCUCCGUACAUACAUGACUGAGCUAAUUCGAAUAAUUUGGAGUUCGAGUGAUAUACCUGAGGAGUGGAAACUGGCCUGCACAGUGCUAAUCCAUAAACGGGGCGAUGCAUCUAAUCCUGAAAACUUCCGCCCUAUCACCCUUGAAACCAUUCCACUGAAAAUAUUCACAUCUUGCCUACGCGAUUCGAUGUUUGCAUUUCUCUCCGCAAACAUGUACAUUGAACACAGAAUUCAAAAAGGGUUUCUUCCAAGACUGUCUGGAACAUUCGAACAUACUGCACACAUGGCUUCUAUCAUUAAUAAAGCUCGAAUCAAACAGCGAGCUGUCGUCAUCACAUUACUAGACCUAAAGAAUGCUUUCGGUGAAGUCCAUCACAAUCUGAUCCCAGCAGUUCUUCGCCAUCACCACAUCCCUGAGCACAUUCAAAAUAUUAUCUGCAGCCUUUAUACUGACUUUAAAACAUCUAUCAUAACCGAUACAUUUCGUACCCCUUUUAUACCGGUAGGCCGCGGUGUCCUCCAGGGUGAUUGCCUUAGCCCAUUAACCUUCAACCUUUGCUUUAAUACUUUCAUUCAUUACAUCUCAGAUAAUAAAUUCAGCCAGUUCGGCUUCUAUACAAACUCCUUAAACCCUGUCCAUUGGUUUCAGUUCGCUGACGAUGCGGCAGUGGUUACUGGUCAAGAAAACGAAAAUCAAAUUCUCUUAAACCACUUCUCUAGAUGGUGCUCUUGGGCAAACAUGCAUAUUCGGGUUGACAAGUGCUCAACAUUUGGAAUUAAAAAAUCAUCUACUUCAUCUGUUCAGUUUCUACCCAAACUUAUUGUCAAUAAAAACAUAGUUCCCACUGUUGAAAAAGACAAAUCUUUUAAAUAUCUUGGUAGAUACUUCAACUUUCCUAUGGAUAAUAGUGAUCAUAUGUCAGAACUAUUGGAAACUGUCAACUCGUUAAUGUCCAGUAUCGACAAAUUGUCGUGUCAUCCAAAGAACAAAAUUCUGUUAUACCACCGAUAUGUGCUAUCCAAAAUUUCCUGGAACCUGACCAUCGCUGAUUUAAGCAAGACAUGGGUGACAGAGAAUCUAGACAAUGUUGUUUCAAGCUUUGUUAGACAAUGGCUCGAGCUGCCAAUAAGUGCUUCACUAAGUAGCCUCGUCAUUCCAAAAUCGAAGUUUGGCAUCAAUCUCAUUCUUCCAUCUACCAAGCUCUUACAAUGCCAAACAGUUAUCCGCAACUCUUUAAGACUGUCCCCAAACCAAGAGAUUCGCUCUUUAUGA